AUGUCACAACGCUGGGAAGCUCACGGCCUCCCCGACCGAGCAGCAUCGGAUGCUCACCGCCCCCAGCAGCGGCUCUCCGUGGCGGGGCUCCACCAGCGCGCGCACUCGGUCACGGACCCCUACCAUUCUGGCGCGCGGCAUCGCCAGCAGCAGACGGUCCGGCCGGUGUCGGCACAGGGCCAGCGCCGCGACAGCCCGCAAGCGCUGCAUGGACACCGAGGUCCUGGUGGAGGGUCUAGCACUGCCGCGAAUGCUCAGGGCGCAACGGCGUCAGAAUACCGCACGCCAUCCGCGGCCGAGUUCUAUGCUGGGGUUUGGCAGCCUCCAUCGUCCCCUAGACAUUCAAACGUCCCCAGCGUCGGGGGCUAUCAGGCCCCGGAGCAACCAGUCUAUGCUUCCGAGCCAGCGCUAGCAGGGGGUCUUUCGUACCCCAUGUCUCCGCCAUAUACGCCCGCUCCUGCUGCAUCCUAUGUUUCGCCCGCCCUUGGGUAUACGUACACGCCGCCGCCGCCGCCUACACCGUCGAGUCCCUAUACACAAUAUCAAGAAUAUCAGCAGCCAUACCAGACACGGCCGUUUUCACCGGUUUCGCCACAGCAGCCUAGUGUUGCUUGGCAAACACACCAGGAGCCGCAAGUGCCAUAUCAGCAGCCCCAGGGUCAAUAUGCGCCGUACCGCCCACCGGUUCCAGCCCUCAAGGUAAACCACCAGAGCAGUAAUCCGCCCUCGGGCACAACAGGGCAGUCCUUUAUUGCCGAGCUGCCGGCAGACGAGAUACCGUCGGCCCGGGUGAAGCCUGAACACCAGCAGGCGGUAGAGCUCAUGGCUGGGACACCGGUAAAGAAAAAUUCCGUCCUUGGAGAGGAUACUGCGGAACGAUGGGCCGACGAACUCGGUGAAAGGUUUGAAAAGACAAAGAUCGACGGUCAAGACGGCUACUCGGGCUUGGUUGAGGUUCCGGCACCAUUGCGCAUCCGCAAGUCGACAAAGAAGCCAGGUGACAACUCGGUAAAUUCUGCCGUGACCCUCAGGACCGGAGAAUUCGGUGGGUCGUCAAGUCAGCAACAGCAGCAGCAAGAGCUGGACCCGGCGCAUCUGAUCCAUCAGCAUUUAUGGUCAGGGCCUCGCCAAGGGCCAACUCCAUAG